CCUCUCCGGUGUCUGAAAUCUGCUUCUGCUGGUGUUAUCCAGUGGAGCCGGGCGCUCUCCUCGUGGCGCGCUGUACAGCGGCAGCGGCUGCGGAUUACGCAGCCGGGUCGAUGAAAAUGGCCACUCCCUCCCCGCCACGUCUCCUCCUCCCUUACCCGGCCAUGCUCCUCUCCCCUAUGCCUAUCCUCUUCCUCGCCGCCGGCCCGCUCGCAGCCGUCCACCACUUCCCCGCCCGCUGCGUCCUCCGCCUCCGCGUAGUACCCCACUCCGCCUCCGCCGCCACCACCGCGCCCUCCUCCGGAGGAGCAGGAAGCCACUCCGCCGUCGAGGUCGAGGACUACCUCAUCGCCAACUGCCACCUCACCCCGCCGCAGGCCCUCAAGGCCUCCAAGAACCUCGCCCACCUCAAAUCCCUCUCCAACGCGGACGCCGUGCUCGCCUUCCUCGCUGGCCUCGGCUUCUCCCCCAAGGAAGUCGCCGCCGCCGUCGCCUCCAACCCGCGGAUCCUCUGCGCCCGCAUCGAGCGCUCCCUGGCCCCAAUCUCCGCCGAGCUCCUCGCCCUGGGCCUCUCGCGCCCCCAGAUCGCGCGCCUCGCCAAGAUCGCCGGCCGCUACUUCCUCUGCCGGAGCUUCGUCUCCAAGGUGCGGUUCUGGCUCCCGCUCUUCGGGUCCCCGGAGCGGCUCCUCCAGGCCAGCGACUGGAACUACUGGCUCCUCUCCUCCGACCUCGAGAAAGUCGUCGAGCCCAACGUCGCCUUCCUCAGGCAGUGCGGGCUAAGUGCUUGUGAUAUUUCCAAGCUGCUGGUGGCCGCGCCCCGGCUCGUCACCAUGCACCCGGAGUACGUCCAGGACGCCGUCCGCCGCGCCGCGCAGCUCGGCGUGGCGCCCGGGUCGCAGAUGUUCCGCCACGCCAUCUCCACCGCCGGCUGCAUCGGCCAGGAGAAGGUGGACGCCAAGAUCGCCGCGCUCAGGGAGACGCUCGGGUGGUCGCAGGAGGAGGUCAGCCUGGCGAUCAGCAAGGCGCCCCGGAUCCUCGUCGCCUCCGAGGAGCGGCUGCGCCGGAACGCCGAGUUCCUGGUGAACGAGGCCGGGCUGCAGCCGCGGUACAUCGCGCGCCGGUCCGUGCUGCUCAUGUACAGCCUCGAGAGGAGGCUCAUGCCGCGGCACCUCGUGCUGAGGCUCCUCAAGGACCGGCGGCUGGUCGAGGAAGACCGGUGCUUCUUCAACGUGGUGGCGCCGACGGAAGAGAGGUUCUUGGAGAAAUUCGUCGCCCCCUUCGUGGACGCCAUCCCGGGGCUCGCCGAUGCUUACGAGUCUGCCUGUGCACGGAAGGCGCCGGUGCGAGCGAGCUGAGCCUGAGCUGUGACUAGAAGAGGAUCCGGAGGUAUAUACACCCCCAUAAGGAUGUUCUUCCAGGCCUGGAUGAUGAAUACACAAAUGCUUGCAAAGGGAAACUGCCUGCUGGAGUUGUGCUGUGAAGGAUCCUGCUUGUAUGCUCCUCUGUUCUGAGUC